CACGCCAUCCAGAACGCAGGCUAUAUAACAACUCUUCUAGAUCCUAGUAUAGUACAGACAAAUAAAUCGAAAUUUUGAACUAUAAAAAACGAAACGAAACGAAACGAAACGAAAUAGGAUUUGUGUUUUAAUCAGAUUGGGAAUUCCCCGUCAUUUCAAAUAAGUACGUAUAUUAUGAACCCGGAACAAACAUAUUUGGCGAUUUGGGUUACCCAAUGUUAUGUUGUUGAUAUAGCUUUGACAGAAGAAAUAUAUGGAUUAAUCCACUUAGUUUUUGUUCCCGAUGAAAGAAUGAGUUCUUUGGAUGAAAGUAUUUGUACCAUUCUCUUGCACAUUGGUUUUGAAUCAUGCAAAGUGGUGGGUGAACUUCUAAAAACUAAAAAAAACAUCGAGGAUACGGAGAAAUAUGGUCCCCAUCCGUCGGAUGAGUUGCCAGAACACUGGUGUGAUUGUACCCGUUUGGAAGAUUUGGUUUCCGAAAUCAAGGUGGCGAUGGGACGCAUAUUCAACUACUUCAAGGAGUUACAUGAAUAUGGAGUAUGUGGUUUGAAAGAUGAAAGUUACACACAUAUUCCGAAUACAGUUUCGUCUGUUAGAAAUCAGUGUCUACACGAAAAGACACGUUUGGCACUAAGAGGUUUACUUGCAGACAGCAACACGAUUAUAAGCUGGUUGUCUGGAGCAGUUGAAGGUCAGAGAAUGGCUAGAAGACAUGGGCAAAACAAUACCGCCGUUCAGAGUCCUGGUACCACUCCAUUACAAAAAAUCUGUGAUAUCAUUACCGACGUGACUGAACAUUUGGACAAGAUCCGUGAUACAUUCAGGCUACUUUGGGGUGCUCAAGUUAGAGAGGUUAAAGAACAAAAACCAAGAAGUGACGUGGACAGUGGAUUGGCCAGUAGCGACGAUAAGUGUUUAUUUGAAGCGACUAUACAACAUACAACCGAAUGUUUACAGGCUUUAUGUGCUAGUAAUGAGUACAUCGCAGAUGGUACAACAGAAGCGUCGCUACAUAUAAAUGAUUUUGAGGCCUGUAAUAGAUCUGGUCAAUACAGUCAGAGUCGGCGACAAUCCGGACCCAUAGAAAAUGAAGAACACUGAUCUUAGAUUAUAGAAUCAGUAAAUCACUUAAACUGAUCUUAGCGUUUAUAAUCACUUAAUUAAAGAUGCAUCCUGUAAGAUUUGGAUAUAAUUGAUCGCUCUUACUAUAAUAGUUCAAAAAAGGAUAAUAAAAAUGAAUAUAUUGAAAAUUGCUUCAUUCUUAGCAAAUUUAGGAACUCUUGAAGAAUAGCGUAGUCUUGGUUGCCAAGUAUCAUUGCAGCGAUAUUAAACAAAUUCUCUAGUAUCCAGUCCUAAGUUAGAUUAUUAAAUGGAGAUCGUAUUUCAGUGUAUUUAAAUUGGUCUACAGAAUCGGUAAAUCACAUAAACUGAUCUUCGCUUUUGGAUUCAAUCAUAUAUAAACUGAUUUUAGCUUUUUUCAAUCUUAUUCAUUAAGUAAGCUUUUUAUCUUUAUAACAUAAUCACAAAAUUUCAGAUUCAACGCCUACAAUGUUCUUUCUUUAGUUUAACUAAAAGCAAAAAAAAAAUUUAUUUUAAUUUAAAUUAAAACAACUAAGAUCUAAAUGGUAAAUAUUUACAUGAUUACAAUGCUGGUUAACGAAAGGGUCUUGCAACAGUUAGAAAAUUCAUCGGCCCGUAAAAUUUAUUGCCAACCUCAAUGCCGAUAAAUAAUCAUCGGUGUGCCUGCAACGCCUUAUGGCACAUCUUGACAUUCUAUUUUAUACUAAACAUGAAAUGCUCAUAAUAUUUUAUUACAUUUUACACAUGCUUAUCAUUAUUUCUUAUUCUGAUUUGCGGAAAUCCAUUAUCUAUUUUUCAUCAAGUUUGCAAUGCAAUUAUUUAAAAUGUUAUUUUAUUAAAUGUGAUAAUAGAUGUUAUAGUAAAUUGUAAAUAUGUGGGUAAUUAUAACAUAUAUUCAGAUAAUAUCCUUUAUAUCAUUCAUACGAAAUUUACGUUGUCUGCGUAAAAUUCCAUUUUCAUUACUGUAAUUGAAAAUGUUUAUUUAAAGUUGCAUUAUGUAAGAAUUAGAUAAAGAGUCGUAUUAUAAUAUUUCAUUCGUUAAUUUAUUCAUACAAUUAGAUAUAAGAUAGUAAUUAAAAUCGUUAAUACUUCAUCACGAAUUCAGGCACUGGUUACUUCGUACGAAGUCGCAGUAGUGACCUAUGACAGACGGUGGAGGGCUUAAUAAUUAAUGAUUUUAUUUACUAUCUUAUUGUAAUCGCCCCAUAUUAAGUAUGUAUAUAGUCAAUUUUACCAUAGAUAUCGUUUUGUACAUUCAUAAAUAAGGCAGUCAAUCUGCUAUAGUCGGGCAUGCUGUUUUAAAUUGUAAAUAUUUUCCUGUAUUAAACAGUUUAAAGGAUAAA